GUAGAGGUGGGAUGGCGUCGCCGCGGAGCCUCUUCUACCUUGCGACUCUGCUUCUGGGUUUCAGCGCCGACUCGGCGCCUCCGAACACGGGCAGCAAGAGGAGCGGCCAGGACAAGUGCAACUACAAGGUGGUGCAGCCCAGUCCGGAUGAGGGAGGCAGGAGGCUCGGCGUGGCCCUCAGAACAGACAACUGUUCGGUGGUCAGUCCUCCGGGGAAACACGCCAUCCAUGAGGUGACCAACGUCUCUUUCACUCACUUGGCCUGUGACAGCCAGGCUGCGGUGGUCGUCCACUGGUCUCCCAGUCCGCUAGGUAUCGAACAUGUGAAGGGCUUCAGAGUCUAUGUGGAAGAUAAAAAUCCAGAGGGGAAGCAGUGUCAACACCUGAUCCUUAAAGACCCACGCCAGCUCAACUUCUCCUACCGGAACACGAAGAUGAGCAGUCAGCCAUUUUCGGGGUUGACCUUUGACACAGACUACAUGGUGCGAGUGGUUCCCUUCCCAACUUUUAUGAAUGACAGUUUCUUCCCUCCGUCCUUCGUGCGGACCAACUCCUGUGAGGCGCUCCUGGGGCCGGACAACCUCGUGUGUAAACCCUUUUGGAAACCGAGGACGCUCAACGUGUCCCAGCUGGGCUCCAACCUGCAUGUGGUGUUUGACCACGCGCCAUCUUCUUUUGGCUUCAGUCAGUACUUCCUGUACUACAAACUGCGACAGGAAGCGCUUUUCAGGCUGCAGCGCUGCAAACCGGAGAUGAGCCAGCCCAAAACCACAUGCAUCCUGCAAGACGUGAGUCCAGGGACCUACACUAUAGAGUUGAGAGAUGACAGUAACAUGACCAGAAAACAAAUUCAGUAUCACGUCAGCCAGGUCCAUUCCCCUUGGGCAGGUCCUAUCCGUGCCAUGGCCAUCACUGUUCCCCUGGUCAUCAUGUCCGCAUUUGCAACGCUCUUCACUGUCAUGUGCCGCAAGAAACAGCAAGAAAACAUCUACAGCCAGUUGGACGAGGAGAGCAGUGAGUCGUCCAGUCACAGCGCGGCGUUGAGUGCAGAACGGCCAUGGCCCCGCCCCAAAGUCUUUGUGUGUUACUCCAACAGAGACUGUCCCAAACACACGGCGGUCAUCCAGAGCUUUGCCUUCUUCCUGCAAGACUUCUGUGGCUGUGAGGUUGUGCUGGACCUGUGGGAGCAUCUGGAGAUGUGUAAGGAAGGUCAGAUGUCGUGGCUCAGCAGACAGCUGGACGAAGCAAAUUACAUCAUCACCGUCUGCUCCCGCGGACUACGUUACUAUGUUGAGAAGAAGAGCCGCCGUGGCAAGACGCCAGUCAGUCGUCGAGGCAACAGCAGCAGCACUCUCCCUGGCGGAUCGGGCUCGGACCUUUUCAUCGUUAGCGUGGCCAUGAUCGCUGAGAAGCUGCGAUUGGCCAGGCAGAGUGAAGGGGGCGGGUACCCAGAGCUGAGCCGCUACAUGGCGGUGUACUUCGACUAUUCCACAGAGAACGACAUUCCCACCAUGCUGAGCCUGGCGCCGAGGUUCAAGUUAAUGGACCAGCUCCCGCAGCUCUUCAGCCGUCUCCACUCUGGUUCGUCUAGUUUGGGGGAGCGGGACUCCCACCCGCCCAACGUCUCCAGGAGGAACUAUUUCAGGAGUAAAUCCGGACGCUCCCUCUACGUGGCCAUCUGCAACAUGCACCAACACAUCACCCACAACCCGGACAGGUUCCACAAACAGUUAGCGCCUGGGGGAAACCCUGCCACCUCCACCUCUAAUUCCUCCUCUUCGUCACCAUCGUCUCCCUCCCUCUCUGCCCCGGGUGCUCCUCCGAGACCCUCCUGUUCCAGCUCCCCUCCUCUGGAGGAGAGAUUCGACUCGGGCUUGGUCCUGAAUGAGGUCGUGGUGAAGACUCCAUCCCUGGAGGAUGGGGAUGGGCUUUUGAGGAGAAAUCUGCUCCUUCUAGAGCCCGGUUCCAACCUAGGUCCAAGUCCCGGUCCCGGUCUGGCCCACGGCCCUCUGCCCAGUCCUGGAUCCACUUCAAGGUCCACCUCUGGGCUAACACAUGAAGAGCCAUCCUCCUCUCCCUCUGACACCUCCAUCCUUCAGGACCAAGUAUGCCCCUCCCCUCGCUCCUCCCCUCACCCCUCUCCCCGUCCCUCAGGUCCCUCACCCACACCGCACCCCCGGGCAGAAGACGGCCCCACCUCGUCUCCAGAGAUCCCUCCCCCCCGCGACUCAGGGAUCUACGAUUCAUCUGUCCCUUCCUCAGAGCUGUCCAUCCCCCUGAUGGAAGGGUUGUUACAUGACCAGGCUGACUCGUCCUCUCUGGCUGACAGCGAAUCAUCUUCUUCCGGUCUGGGUGACGAGGAGCCCCCUGCUGUUUCCUCCCUGCACUGCAGCGUGUCCACGGUGUGUAAAGCCCAGCUGCAUCACCAUCGCCACCUAGAGCACAGCGAAGGACCUACGCCUGUGGAUCCACUGUAGUAUUCACCACGACCACUCAAGACAACAUGUCACUGUUGUCACCACAUGACAAAGCUGGCCUUUCUUGGACCAGCACUGGGACCAGAGUAGAUUACCAGAGCUGCUGUCAUCCAAACAUCCCAGGAAAGGGACACGAGAUGUGUGCUGGAGUGCCCAGGGCAGCUGCCGUGGUAUCGGACCCUUUGGUCCAUAUUAGUCUACUAUGUUUUGUUUUGUUUUUUUUACUAACUCGCAGCUUCACCGGACUUGGACAUGUGUUGAACAUGACGUGUCACUCUUGUAGACUUCCCAGAAUUCCCCUGGCCAAUAGACAGAGAAUUCCUGAGCUUAUACUAAAGUGACGGAAUAAGUGAUGAGUGACUGAACUAGCAUACGAGUGUCUGCAGUGACGUCCAUCCUCCACACCUUAACAGUUGUGUUUGUGUUUAGAGAUGAAGAUGAUCUCUAAAGAGUGGUGCGUGGGAUGAAAACCCAUAAAGAAGAACGGGGCUGAAACACGGUGUGAAGAGGAUUUUUUUUGGGGAUGUCAUACUUGGUCGGUGAUCCCAGUAAGGGGAAACUGUUGAUGCAGCUCACUUCGGACCAGAACUGCCCAAAAGCAAAAACGUGCCCUUUGUGUCCCUGCCAUCCAGUCAAUGGAGGUGGACUGUUGCUGAGUCCCAACAGUUGAUGAAGGCGUUCCCUCAAACUCUGGCCGGUUUUGGUGGAAAAUAUCUGACAGGUAAAACCCACAUAAUCCUGGAAUAAAAAGAACACACACUCACACACGAUACCCUCUAUGUCUCACAUGCACACACACACACACACAUCUGAGUAUUUGUGUGUCACAUUUGAUAUACUAAACAACACUGCAGAAUCUGAAAAACAACGAGUGUUUCUUCUGAAACCGGUAGAAGCUUGUUGUGUGAUUCCACAAACAGGAAACAGAUGAAGAAGAAACGUUCUUGGUUUUUUAUUUUUCUGAUAACAGCGGUUUGGGAAUUCUAUUUAUUGUAAUGUUCCUUUAUGACCACACCUCCCUGGUGGCGAGGUCUUUUCUCGAAUUUUGAUAAGCGACGCGAGGUUGAUUUUUGUCGAUAUUUAUAUGAUUUCACCGAUGGACGAAUGGAGUCAGUUUGGUAAUUGAUCAGAGAGGGAAACGGGCUCACUAGCCAACGGCCAGUAACGUUUUGUUUUGGGCUAGUGUGGAGUUUUCCUACCGACCAAAUGGAUGGAGGCGAAUGUGGGAGGUGAAGAGGGUACGCUGGUCAAGUUAAUAACAAAAUCCCAGUUUCACUGUACUCGUGUUUUUAUAAUUUAGAUAUGUUUUUCUGUACAACAGCACUAAUGUGUCUUCUCCUAAACUAGACACUGAGGAUAUGUUAAAAAUAUCAGAGCUCAUAGCUACAAGUCACUCCUGAUUUGUUUUCUUGUUGAAUUUUUAUUUUUUGACGAUUCGUACUCGCAGGAUUCAGUCAUGGUGAAGAGUAAAUCCUUUAUCGCUGUCCAUUAAAGUGGGCUGACUUCUGGGUUUGAUGGGAGAGUUCAGCCUUUGUUUUUCACUUGUAAAUAUCCAUAUUAUUACCUGACGUCCCAUCUCUUCCAGUUUUGUAAAGUUAGAUUAUUUUUCCUCAUGUAUCUUAUCGCUGUUUUAUACUUAUCUCGUACUGUUUUAUAGAACUCCCAUGUAGGAAAAUAAACAUUUCACAGAUAAA